CAGUAAACACAUUUCCCUGUCUUCGUUGAUUGAGUAUAUUUACCUUCUUCGUACACAAUCGUUAGAGGCAGUGCGUUGAACAGAACUUUGAACCGAGAGUCAGAACGCAGUAGUCAUCAGUGUUUAAUAUGUUGCAUGUGUCAAAGCUACUCAUAUUGUGGGUGUGUACUCUAGAAUGUGUUUACGGUUCUCAAAAGAACCUAGUUUUGGUUGGAGGAAACUUACAAGAGGACAACGAAAGGGUGUACCGUCUUAUAGUUGAGCUGGCGGGAGGUAGAGGUCAUGCAAAGAUUGGCCUAGUGACAGCGGCUAACAUAAACCCCGAGAACUCAGCUCAGUACUACAAUGAAAUGUUUCAAGGGCGAUAUGGGGCGGCAGAGGCAACAUGGAUACCCAUCGACAUCUACCGGAAGGAAAACAACAGUGACCCGGAAGUGGUUGCUCUCAUUAAUGGCAUGACGGGAUUCUUCUUCGGAGGCGGGGAUCAGAUUCACGUCAUAGAAUCUUUCUACAUCGGUGACCGUGAGGAGUCACCGGCACUGGCCGCUAUCCGGGCGAAGUUCGAGGCGGGGACUGUGGUGGCGGGAACAAGUGCCGGGGCAUCGUGUCAAAGUUCAGCCGUCAUGAUAGUUUUCGUUGGUCUGAGCUAUAACGCGCUUGCGCACGGAGUCAAAGACUACUACGACUCUAAUACCCCGGAUGAGGUGGCCUACAACAGGAGUGGCGGCAUUGGUCUCGCACCGCGGUUUGUGGUUGACGUUCAUUUUAGCGAGAAAGGACGAGAGGGUCGACUUAUCCGGCUACUAGCGGACACGAAGGAUGAGCCGAACGGUGCAACACUCGGGGUGGGGGUGGACGAAAACACGGCCCUGCACCUCACCUGGGACCCGGACCCGGAUAGUGCUGUAGGAACGGUAGUUGGCCUCGGCGGUGUUUUGAUGGUAGAUGUCAGCUCUGCCUCCAUCUCUACAUCACGUGGCUUUGACAUCAAGGAUGUCGUCACCAGCUACCUGACAGAGGACGAUAGUGUGAACUUUGCUACGAAGCAGGUGACCUUUGCCCCCUGGAAGCAGUCACUGUCCGGAAAUGAGCGAUUUGAUCACGCCGCGGAAUCUGACGACAUCUUCGGUAGCCCUUACGCCCCCUACCGGAAAAGCAGAGAAUGGACGCGCGUUACAACUAGUCUAUUCAACUCCCGGAUGGACAAACAUGCUGUCGGUAGAACGUUCGAGGAGAACCCAAAGUUUGAGGUUGUAAUGUCCAAGGAAGCUGGAAACGCCGAAGCCGUAGGUGGAAACUCAACAACCACCGGAAAUUACGUCAUCUCUUACAAAGGCAUGACGGUCAAGAUUCACCCUUACAACGCCGUCUCUUCUGCCGACUGUUGUCGAGGAAAUCAAGUUGUCCUCCUUGUCCUUAUGUCUGUUUAUUUGUUUUUCUGUUGUGCAAGAUUUUAUUAAUAAUAGGAGUCGAACCCAAUAACCCAGGAUCUAGAGCUAGCUUUUACUAGUUUUAGACUAGAGUAGACACUUGUAAUAUUG